CCAUUUAUUAACUCGGUCUGCAGUGCAGGAAGUUAACAACAGGUAGGCUAGGGUAUUCUUGAGGGAAGAUCGAUGAGAGAGACGGCGACUCCGGGCUCCACCUUCUUCUUCCAUCGCAUUCCUCUGCCGGACUCGAUCGGGACUGUCCAACUAUGCACAGCGGUCUCUGUAAGCAUGGACGAGGAGACGCAUGAGAGAUACGAUUAUGAACUAAUUCGUCGGUCUUUAAGAAUUCUUAGGACUUUCGUCGUGGCCAUUGACCCAGUUGGCCACCGUUCUUUCGGUGGCAAUAAGAGUACCAUUACGAUCCACAAAGGUGCUUGCAUUAAAACGAAAAUCAACUGGUCUGGGUCCUACAGUACGAAGGUCUCCCGCAAUUUUCAUGCCCUCAAGGUAGUUCACGAUCCGGAAUCCAUAUCCAGGGUGAAGGAAGAUUUGAGAAGAAACCAGGGCUUAGAAGCUGAUAUGCACCCGAAUCUGUUGAGAGUGAAGCACCAUUUCACUGACCCCAAGUGCCAGAAGUUCUGCGUGGCUAUAAAGCCGUUUCCCAUCCGUUCUCUGAGAAGCCUGAUGAAGAGAGACUUUCCCAAAGGGCUUCCGGAGGAUCUCAUCCUCAGUGCUUUAAGGUCUGUUCUCAAUGCCCUCGGCUUUCUGCAUAAAAAGCGCUUUCUCCACGGAGAUAUUAACGCCGCUCAUGUUUACCUAUGUAAUCACACUCCUAAGGAGAGACGCACCCCUACCCGUAUGGAAAGGGAAAAGCCUUGGCUUAUCUAUGAGAAACCCAACUUCUCCAAUAUCUGCUUGGGCUACGCGGCCGCUCUUUAUGAGGACGAUGAAUAUACGGAGGAGUACACCUCCGUAUAUUCGUCUACAGCGCCCGAAGUCUACUACGGCAAUCAGCCCUACACCGAGAAGUCCGACGUCUGGCUCGUGGGAAUCACCGCACUCGAAUUGGCUUACGGACGACGGCUAACUAUCUCGAAUCGAUAUACCUUGGAUUAUGUUGUGGAACAGAUUCUUGUAAGUAAAAAACUUCCCACCAAGGGUGGGAUUCAGUGUAAAGAGAAGACGUUGAAGCAUUACGUCCAAAAACUGGUGCCUUUCGGCUCUCCAUUCAAAGGCUAUGACAGUAGUACUGGCACCAAUUCAUUUUCCAAAAGCUUCACAAAGGUGGUGAUGGAAUGUCUGGCCUCGGACCCUAAUCAGAGGCCGACCGUUGAUCAACUUCUGUCAUGCCGCUUCUUCCGAAGGAGCUCUAGCCGCAAUGAUGGGAAGCACGUUUAUAAUGCAUGCUCUGCAGAUGACUAGCUAAUUCUAAGUAAGGCAGAUGUAAUCAUCUCCAUCUCCUCAGUCCUUAUGCAUCUCCUUUCACAUGCAGCUUGGAUAUUUAAUUAGUUUACUUAAAUUUUGAUCUUAUGAAGAUUCCCUUAUGGUGUCUUCAAUACAGUCAUUCUCUUGUCGAAUACUCCCCGGUUUCUAAAAGAAAGUCACAGUCAAACUUUU